ACAAAUCUGGCCGAUGUCGCAACUGAUUUAAACUUGAUGACCCUUUCCUUCUUUCACUUCUUGAACAUACUUCAACACUCAUCCAGUGGAUUGGCCUCGGUAAAACACAACCCACACAUAAACACAACGCCAAGAUGCCUCUCCAACUCACUGUCAAGAAAAUUGACGGUAAACCCGGCCAGGUUUACUACCCCCUCCAACUAAACACCAUCCCCAAACCAACCCCCGGCCCCGGCGAGCUUCUCAUCCGCCUCCGGUCCUGCGCCCUCAACCACCGCGACCUCUUCAUCCGCCAACACCUCUACCCCGGCAUCUCCUUCGAGCAACCUUUUCUCGCUGACGGCUACGGCGUCGUCGAGUCCACUGGCCCUUCCGUCUCCCCUGCCGCUUCCCAGCUCGUCGGCAAACCCGUCCUCAUCACCCCCAGCCGCGGAUGGAUUUCCUCCCCCGACGGGCCCGACGACCCCAACCAGCCCUGGACGGUCAUUGGCUCAUCUCAGUUGACCGACGCCGGCACGGGGCAGGAGUACAUUGUUGUUCCCGAGGCGGAGGCAGUACCCGCGCCAGAGCAUCUGAGCGCUGCUGAGGGCGCAGCCCUCCCGCUCGUUGGACUAACGGGGUGGAGGGCGUUGGUGACCAAGGCGCAGGCCAAACCGGGGCAGAAUAUUCUCGUGACGGGAAUUGGGGGUGGUGUGGCUUUGCAGAUGUUGCAGUUCGCGGUGGCCAUGGGGUGUAAUGUCUUUGUGACGUCGGGUAACGCGGAGAAAAUCGAGAAGGCGAAGAAGAUGGGAGCCAAGGGGGGCGUCAUUUACAAGGACAAGGAUUGGGAUAAGCAGUUGAUGAAACAGUUGCCGAAGGACAGGCCGUAUCUGGAUGCGGUGGUGGAUGGAGCGGGUGGGGACGUGGUGGCGAGGAGUGUUAAGCUGUUGAAGUCGGGAGGCGUGAUUAGUAGUUAUGGCAUGACGGUUUCGCCUAAGAUGGAUUGGUUGAUGCAGGCGGUGCUAAAGAAUGUGGAGUUGAAGGGGUCGACGAUGGGGAGCAGAAAGGAGUUUGAGGAUAUGGUGGCGUUUGUGAGAGAGAAGGGAAUCAGGCCGGUGGUGAGUAAGGUGGUGAAGGGACUGGAUAAUUUGGAGGGGAUUGAUGAGUUGUUUGAGGAGAUGAAGGAGGGAAAGCAGUUUGGCAAGUUGGUGGUUUUGAUUGAUGGAAAGGAGGACCAGGACAAGAGUAAGUUGUGAACAUUUCUGGCGCUGGGGAGAAAACGAUGUGAGGAGGUUAUAACUGAUCAUACCUAGUCUCAGUAGAGCACUAAAAGCAUCAAAAAAGGAGCGAUAUCUUCCAAUGUCUAUACUCAUUGAGCAAAAGGAGGACGCACGAACGAUGUAUUCUGACAACUUGCAUAUUAAAUGAAAAUAGAACACCCACACAAAAGAAAGAAAAGUGCGAAAGGAAAAAAAAGACAAAAAGAAGAGGACCCAUCUCACCAGAACACCUUCCCAUUUGGACGAGCUGGGAAUCGAACCCAGGACCUUUCGCAUGCUCAGAAUAAAC